CUCAUGCUGCAGGUUAUACCAGUUCUAUUGUGCUGGCACCAAUUCUGAUAUGCUCCUACAUUGGCCUUCUCUAUUGGGCCUUCCAACUGUCAACAGCUGCUUCCCCCGGAAUCUUCCAGCUUCCUUCCUCUGAUUGGCUCUUGCCAUACUGUCUGCCUUUUGAUGUCCUCCUUUCAAGGGAAAACAGAGCUUGGCUGAUUCCCCCUGCUCUACUUGCCAGGGCAAAAAGCUGCGCUCCUUGCCUAUUUUUCACCCAUACCCAGGGAACUAUGGAAACUUUGAAUACUUCAAUUCCCAAACGCAAGAAAAAGGAACUGACAUCCGGACUUCUAAUUGCUACAGUAAUUCCCUCCCUUGGAUCCUUGCAACUGGGAUACAUCUACUGGGUUGUCCUCAAUCCAGAGACGGUCUCACAUAUAAUUGCCAACAUAACGGAAGAGACCGAAAGGAUGGACAUCAGAAUCGAAGAGACUCUGAGUGGCCGGAUGGCCUUUAACGCUCUGGUCUUCCCAAUUGGGGGCAUCAUUGGGUCACUGAUGCUCGGCACCUUGGUGGAUAGCUGCGGCAGGAGACGUUCCUUGAUGCUCAAUAAUGCUGCAGCCGCCGUUGCCUGUGGAUUAAUGGGUGCUUCCGAUGCAGGGAAAUUCCAUGACUUUGGCAUUUUUGCUCGCUUCCUCGUCGGGAUAUCUUCAGGCUUGUUUUCCACUAUGAUCCCGUUAUAUGUUGGAGAGCUCGCCCCCGUAAGCAUGAGGGGUGCCUUCACGAUGAUGUCCAUACUGUUCUUCACCGUGGGUCUCCUCUUGGCUCAGGCCAUCAGCAGUCCCAACAUCCUUGGGAACAAGAAACGUCUGCCAGUGAUGCUGGGCCUGACUGGGAUAGUUGCUUUCUUCAACAUCCCGCUCCUGCUCCUGUGCCCUGAAAGUCCUCGCUACCUGUUUAUUCAAAUGAAGAACGAAGCAAAAGCGAGGAAAGCCUUGAGAAUGCUCAGGAACAAGGUUGACAUGGAAAAUGAGAUUGAGGAGCUCCGAAAGGAGGAGAAGUAUGAGAUACAAGAAAAGGGCAUGACGAUACUUUCGCUUCUGAAAAGCCAUAGUCUCCGUCGCCAAGUCAUCACCGUCGUCAUCUUGUUGGGGGGCCAGCAAUUUUCUGGCAUAAUUGGGGGCUACUUCUACGCAGAGAAAAUCUACAGGUCGCUUCUAAGCAAAGAGAGCCAUAUCUUUUAUAUGAAUUUGUGUGUGACAUGUUGGCUCUUGUUUAUAGCCUCCAUAAUGAUGUCUGUCAUUGACUCUGUGGGGCGGAGGUUUCUCCUACUUUUAGGAUUUCUGAUCUGUAGCAUUGCCUGCGUCUUGCUAACCUUGACCCUCGAACUUCAGCCCAUGCAGCCAUGGAUGAUUUACUUGAGCUCCGUUUUAGUCAUUGCCAUGAUCACUGGAUACAUGCUUGGGCCAGCUAUAGUCACUUACGUGGUCACUCUCGAGAUCUUCCUUCAAUCAUCACGGGCCACAGCUUUCACGUUGGGUGGAAUAGUGAACUGGGUCACCCGCUGCUUUGCUGUGGGGAUCUUCCUUAAGCUAGAGCCGCUCACUGGGCCUUACAGCCUCCUGAUCCUUUGGCCUCUCUGCAUGGUGACCUUUAUUUAUACUUCCGCGAUGGUUCCGGAAACCAGAGGCAUGACCUUUCUUGAAAUCCGCAAGUCCAUGGAUCUCCAAGCCAAGGAGGAUAAGCAACAGAUAGAUAGAAACCCAGAUAGUUAGAAACUCAGAAGGUGUCGAUGCUGUGCUCAAUUGUUAUUUUUUAAGAUACAACGGUCCAAAGAGAUCCCCUUCAUGCUGUCCUUCAGUUGCCUCAGCUCUGUUAACACGUACGGCCAUUUUCCUUUCAGUCCAGAAGAGCAACCCAAGCUGUUUUCCCCUUCCCUGUGUGCACUUUUCUAUUGUUCUACCAUAAAUGUUGUUUCUUUAUUAAAUCACGAAGGGCGAGCACAAU